UCACCUGCUCGAUUCGUUCAGAGGGAAAAAGAAUGGUACAGCGCGGUCGAUGAGACGGGUUGGUGUGCACUGGUCUUCCAAUGCCUCCAGUUGACAUGUACUGCCAUUCACAAGUUGAUCGACAACCAACGAUCGGUCAUUAUUACUGAUGAUGAUGGAUAUAAUGCCUCAGCAGUUGUGGCAUCACUGGUCCAGAUUUGUGCGGAUCGUUUCUAUCGUACAAUUGCUGGCCUAAGCUCACUGAUCGAAAAAGAAUGGAUAGCGCUGGGACAUCCGUUUGGGUCGAACAUGUUCGGCUGUAGCCUCUCCUCUCGUAUCCCUAUUUGUGCGGAUCGUUUCUGUCGUACAAUUGCUGGCCUAAGCUCACUGAUCGAAAAAGAAUGGAUAGCGCUGGGACAUCCAUUUGGGUCGAACAUGUUCGGCUGUAGCCUCUCCUCUCGUAUCCCUAAUUCACGGUCACAGUCCUGUACAGCAACAUUUCUGCUUUUUCUUGACUGCAUCGCACAGCUGAUUCGUCUUCAUCCUCUCGCAUUCGAAUACUCGCAGCACUUUCUUAUCGCACUUUGGGAUCUGUCCAUCACAGGCCUUGCCUCGUAA